CAGCCCGUAUCCCGGGCGCUGGGGGGGUCUACGGCCCUCCUCCCCUACUCGGGACUUUCCGGCUUGGGCCCCAAAGCCCGGCCUGGGCGCAGAGAGCGGAAGCCUGGCCCAGGGAGGGGCCCGGCCCGGCCCGCCGAGAAGGGUGGCCGGCGGCCAGCCCCGCCCCUACCUGUGUAAACCGAUCCGCCCGCGCCUAGCGGAUAAAAGCGGCUGGGCCGCGGAGGUCAGCGAGUUCGGCUCUCUCGCGCCCGCCUAUAGGUCCAGCCCGGUCCAGCCAGCAUGUCCAUCCACUUAAGCUCCCAAGUGUUCAGCUCGCGCUCCUCCGCCUUCCCGGGGCGCGGCGCGCAGGUGCGUUUGAGCUCCGUGCGCCCCGGGACCUUCAGCGGCAGCAGCAGCAGCCUGUACAGCCUGGGCGCCUCGCGACCGCGCGUGGCCGUGCGCUCCGCUUACGGGGGCCCCGUGGGCGCCGGCAUCCGAGAGGUCACCAUCAAUCAGAGCCUGCUGGCCCCGCUGCAGGUGGACAUCGACCCCUCCAUCCAGCAGGUGCGCCAGGAGGAGCGCGAGCAGAUCAAGACCCUCAACGACAAGUUCGCCUCCUUCAUCGACAAGGUGCGGUUCCUGGAGCAGCAGAACAAGCUGCUGGAGACCAAGUGGGCUUUGCUGCAGGAGCAGAAGUCGGCCAAGAGCAGCCGCCUCCCCAGCAUCUUCGAGGCCCACAUUGCCAGCCUGCGGAGGCAGCUUGAAGGGCUGCAGGCGGAUGGAGGCCGCCUGGAGGUGGAGCUGCGGACCAUGCAGGGCGUGGUAGAAGACUUCAAGAACAAGUACGAAGAUGAAAUUAACCGUCGCACGGCUGCUGAGAAUGAGUUCGUGGUGCUGAAAAAGGAUGUGGACGCCGCCUACAUGAACAAGGUGGAGUUAGAGGCGAAAGUGGAUGCCCUGAGUGAUGAGAUCAACUUCUUCAAGACCUUCUAUGAGAUGGAGUUGGCAGAGCUGCAGGCCCAGAUCUCGGACACGUCCGUGGUGCUGUCCAUGGACAACAGCCGCUCCCUGGACCUGGACAGCAUCAUCGCCGAGGUCAAGGCCCAGUACGAGGAGAUGGCCAACCGCAGCCGGGCCGAGGCUGAGACCAUGUACCAGAUCAAGUUUGAGACCCUCCAGGCGCAGGCUGGGAAGCACGGGGACGACCUCCGUAAUACCCGGAAUGAGAUCACAGAGAUGAACCGUGCCAUCCAGAGGCUGCAGGCUGAGAUCGACAACAUCAAGAACCAGCGUGCCAAGUUGGAGGCUGCCAUUGCUGAGGCCGAAGAACGUGGGGAGCUGGCCGUUAAGGACGCCAAUGCCAAGCUGGCCGAGCUGGAGGCCGCCCUGCAGAGAGCCAAGCAGGACAUGGCCCGGCAGCUGCGCGAGUACCAGGAGCUCAUGAACGUCAAGCUGGCCCUGGACAUCGAGAUCGCCACCUACCGCAAGCUGCUGGAGGGCGAGGAGAGCCGGUUGGCCGGAGAUGGAGUGGGCACUGUGAACAUCUCUGUGGUCAACUCCGCUGGCGGAGGGGGCAGUGGGGUGGCCUUCGGAGGAACCAUGGGCAGCAAUGCCCUGAGCUUCUCGAGUGGCAGUCCUGGGGCCUUCAAGUCCUAUUCCAUCAGGACCUCAACUGCCACCCAUAGGAGCAUACGAAAAUGAGCCCCGGUGUGUGGAGACCCGCACCCCUGCCCCCUGCGGUCACAGGAGGACUCCCAUCCCUGCUACCGAGACUGCCCAGCGGUCUGAAAAAUGAUGUCAGAAUAGCUUCCAAUAAAGCAGCCUUUCUGAAGCCUGGGUGAGGCCCAUCCUGGUA